AUGACAAUCACGGCAGACUCGCUUUUCGACGACGUGGGAGGGAGCUAUGAAGCUGCCUUUGCAGAUAAUGGCCCCCUUUGUGCAUUCAUUCAUCAGGCCAGCAAGAAGCUACCCCCCAACAGCCCGGUGCUGGACGUGGGAUGCAGCACCGGCAAGCCCGUCGCGGAGAUCCUGGAUGGUGAAGAAAGCUGCGUCACAAGUCCGAAUAUGAACACAUUUCAGCCUUGCCAAUCUUAUGAUGGGAUUCGCCGAGUGGCUCAACGUGGGUGGGCACUUGGCCCUCGCCGUGACGCCCACAGCACCGGGUUGUUGCCGGAAAAAUGCACCUACGAUCCCACCUGGGAUUGUGUGUGGAUGAUCGGGAAGUACUGGAUGGGCAAUUACACUAACGAGGUGUUCCAUUCGGAGGAUGCAUGGGCUCGCCUGCUGCAAGCGGUCGGGUUGGUGCUCGAAAUGAUGCCCGUCGACCAUCUUUUCUGCCCGGCGAGUCACGAGAAUUAUACGAGCCCUGAGGUGCAGCUCUUUCUGCUUGCAAGGAACGUGGAGCCGCAGGCUUUGCUGGGCCCGUAUCCAAUCUCGAUUGUUGAAACGCCUACAGACUGUAUUGACAAUCUGAAUGUCCUCACUGAUCGCUUCGUGAGCAAGGAUCUCGAGACUCUCUCCAAUCAGAUCGCAGUGAAUGGGAAGAAGGCGCUUGUUCUCGGGCAAGGAUACAAUUGGAGUCAGUAUGUAGGCUGUGGAGAAUCGCAGUUCCUGCCCGAGAUCACCGAUGACCUCUCGUUUGAAUCCGACGCCUUCGAUGUCAUCGUUGCGCCCUGGACGCUCGAUAAGCUUCCGAGCCUCAAUAAGGCCAUGAAGUAG